ACUCUGCUCGCCCAAUCGCUCGAAUCACCGCAACCCCUUUGCACUCAUGGAAUCCGAUGGCGACGAGGCGCCGCCGCACGCGUGCGGCGUGGGCCACCGCGCGUCGCACUCGCUGCCGACCUCGGCGGGCGGCCGCGUCUGCCUCUCCUGCGCCGCCGCUCUCCUCUCCUCCGCCGCCUCCGCGCCGUCGCACCACGUCGCACACGCGCUCGCCACCCUCUCCCUCGCGCUCGCCGACCCGGCCUUCCUCGCGCCGCUCCGCGCGGCGCACCCGCGCCUCCUCGCGGCCCCGCUCGCCGAGGCGCUCGCGGGCGCCGCCGCCCGCCGCGACGCCGCGCUCGCCGUGCAGGCGUGCGACCUCGCGGCCGACCUCGCCGCUGCCGUGGGCGCCCCCGCCGCCUCAGAGCUCGUCGCCCGCCUCGCCCGCGUCCUCUCUUCCGGCUCCCUCGUCAAGCACCUCCACACGGUACAUUGUUUGGGGCUCUUGCUAAACUCUACCAAAGAUGCUGCAGCAUAUAUAGGAGAUAAGCUUUCUCUUUUCUUUAACCUUGUCAAUGAUCUCCGACUACCAAGCGAUGAAAUUCGUGGAGAGAUACUCUUCGUGCUAUACAAACUCUCUAUAUUAAAUGCCACCCCGUGGGACAAUGUAUGUGAUAAUGGAGAUGUGGACCUUUCAGCAAUUGGAAGAAGCUUGCUUCAACUAUCACUUGAAGUCCUACUCAAAACUCAAAAUGAUGCUGUUCGCUUGAAUUGUGUUGCAUUGCUCCUUACUUUAGCAAAGAAGGGGCCCUUUGACAUUUUGCUGCUUAGUGAUCCGAGUUCAAUCAACUGUGUAGAAGGAGAAGAGUCCACGCAGAGAGAUUAUAUGUCCCUAAAUGCUUCUCUUGUUCUAUUUGCUGAGGCUAUCAAAGGAUCUCUGCUAUCUACUGACCUAGAAGUUCAGACAGGGACAUUGGAUUUGAUCUUUCAUUUCCUGUCAUCUGAUGCAAAUAUUUGUGGUCUACUUCAAACUUUGAUCGAUGAAAAUGUUGCUGAUUAUGUAUUUGAGGUUCUCAGGUUAUCAGGUACGAGAGGAAAUAAUGAUCUACUGGUCAUUUCCUCUAUUCAAGUACUAUCACUUUUAGCCAGGUCAGAGGAGAAAUUCAAAGAAAAGCUUGCCAUUGGACUUUCUACUCUGCUUCCAGUUCUUCACUAUGUUGCAGAGAUACCAUUUCACCCUGUCCAAUCUCAUGUUUUACGACUUGUUUGGAUUUGCAUGGUCAAUUGUUCUGGUAUUCUCUCACUGCCCCAAGAAGAACAGAUAGCCUGUACUUUGACUGCAAUUUUGAGAAGAAACGGCAAUGGCGAACUUGGCAUGAGUUCUGAAACCUUUAUUCUGGUUUGCUCAAUAUUAAUUGAGAUUCUGAAGUCACCUCAUGCUCAUGAUAUUGAGAAAUUACCACCAUUUAUUGAAGAGGCAUCAAAAUACGCGAUAUCUUCAACAAUAUUGCACGAGUAUGAUUCUAUGCUCCUCGUUCCGCAUUCCCUUCUUCUUCUGAAAGAAGCACUUAUAUUCUGCUUUGAAGGGAGCAAAGAUCAUAUUUCUGGCAAGAAGGAUCUUGAGGAUAGCAUCAUUGAAACUUGUGGAACAAUUUUAUUGCAUUGGCUUGAAAGUGCUGUUGUUGAUGGUAAUGAUGAAGAAACAUUGGCAGGGAUCCUUCAGAUUUUCCAAAUUAUUUUGUCAAGGACAUCUGACAAUAAGCCAUUCAAGUUUGCUGAGUUGCUUGCGUCAUCAUCAUGGUUUAGCUUGUCAUUUGGAUUCAUGGGCUUAUUUCCUACUGAUCAUGUAAAAUCAGCAGUAUAUCUGGUCACUUGUUCAAUUGUUGACAGAGUUUUGGGUUGUAAUUAUGGGGAAGCAAUUAGAGAUGCAUACAUUUUUCUGCCAUCAGACCCUACAGAAUUGAUGUAUUUGCUUGGGCAAUGUAGCUCAGAAGACUUCAACUUGGCAUCAUGCCAAUGUGCUAUUCUUGUUAUACUGUAUGCCUGUUCAUUCUACAAUGAAAGGCUUGCUGCUGACAACCAAAUUCUGGCUUCUGUUGAGCAAUAUAUCCUCCUCAAUGGUGGGACCUUCCCUCACGAAAUUAAUGGUUCUGUUAUGCUGACGCUUCUGGUCCAUCUUUAUGCCUUUGUCAGAGGCAUUUCUUAUCGCUGCAGCAUUCCACAUAGCCCAGAAGCCGAGAAAACUCUAUUCCGUGUAAUGACACGUAGGGAGUGGGAUUUGCUUGUGAUCCGAGUUCAUCCAGUGGCAGUAAAAUGGCUCUUUCAGAAGGAAGAACUUAUGGAACCACUCGCCUUGCAGAUGCUUAAUUUUUGUAAAACUUUUUGUGAAGAUGAAACUGUCAUGCUUUCAAACAGCAGUCAGUUGUUGGACAUACAAAUGGUUGCAGAGCUGGUACUUUCUGGAGAAACCAGCAUCUCGCUUUUGCUGGUGUCCUUACUGAACCAGAUUGUAAAGGAAGGUACAGAAGAUGAGGUCUUCUCAGUGGUCAAUGUUAUUACUGAAAUCCUCAUGAUCUUUCCUUGUACGUCGGAUCAGUUUAUAUCAUGUGGUUUUGUCUAUGCUCUCCGUGGUAUAUAUAGCUCAUCGUACCCAUCAAGGAUCAAAACAGUUUGUUCCUGUUUGAUCUUUAGCAUUUUAUAUUCAGCAAGAGCACUGACAUUCUCUCAGGAAGAUGAAUGGCUUGCUCUUACUGUGAAGUUAUUAGAGUUUUUCAGUUCUGGUAUUGAUUAUGCAUCUAGUGACCAAGAACACAAGAUAUUGAUUGGGAUAUUGUGCCUUAUUUUGCAUCAUUCAGCAAACAAAGUUCUUGUUGAGCCAGCAAAAGCCAUAAUCUUGAACAAUUCUUUGGUUUCUUUGAUGGAUGCUAUAGUACAUGAGGCUUAUGCGAAAGGCCCAUCUUUAUUUCAACACAAUCAGGAGACAGCCUUUGGGGAAUUCCUGAUUCUUAUACUUCUGUUGGUGUUUUUCUCUCUAAGAAGUUUGAAUGCCAUUCUAGAGGUACGUAUUGACUGGCAGGACUUCCUUCAGCAUUCAAAUGAUGCCCAGUCUUUCUCUGUUCUUGGCAUUCCAUGCCAUGAUUUAUGUUGUCUCAUGCACUUCGGCCCAUCUUCUAUCAAACUUAUUGCUUCACAAUGCCUGUUGGAAUUGCUCACAAGAAUUUCAGAUCAAAGAAUCUGUCUUAAUGCUGAGUUAAGAUGCUCUGUGAAAUAUCUGAAGUCCAUUAUUGCAGUGAUAGAGGGUUUGGUCUUCAGUGAAGACAGUAAAGUUGCUGGAAAUUGUGGUGCCUGUCUCUCUGUGAUUUUAGGUUGGGAGAAAUUUGGAAGCCAAGAGAAGACGGCAGUCAGAGAAUCUAAAUGGUUUAGGCUAAUAAUGGAGGAAUUUGCAGUUGCCUUGACUGCUCCUGGUCUGACGUCCAAAUCUUUCACUAAUCAGCAGAAGUUUGCAGCAAAUAUAGCUGUUUCAUUGCUCAAACUGACCCAAGUGCCAGAUUGGCUGACAUCAUUGUUUGAUAGUCAUUUGAUAUCUGGUAUUGUUGCUAGUCUUUCUGCUCGGAAUGUUACUGCAGAAAUUGUCAAUCUCUUCAGUGAGCUCAUGGCUAAGAAAUAUCUUAGUCAAGAACACAUUGUCAUUCUACAUAACUUGUUCCAGGUGUGCAGAAGACAGGUGUAUGAGGGAAGUUCGAAGGCGCAAUUGUCAGAGCAAAUGGUUGAGAAGGUCGUAAGAAACACUGACGACGUGCUUGCAUUGCUCUUUGGCCUGAUGCCGAAUCAGUAUGCAGACUCGGGCGCAGUUCAAGGGGAGCAGCAGAAACUCCUGCGUGAGAUUGAUUUGUUCUUCCAGGAGUCAAGCCGGAGAGAACAGCAUUAAGGUCAAUGAUAUUCCAAGUUCCCCCCCUCGGUACUGUCUGCAGAUGUUGUUAAGCGAAGUUCAUGACUUCAAGCUCUAUGAUUCUAGGAACUAAGUCAAUGAUAUUCCAAAAAAGGGGCCAGCAAUCCCUGUUCCUGAGAAGUUGCAUGUGUCUUGGUGUAGGAAAGAAAUGUACAUGUGAAUAGCAUAAUAUAGGAUUUGUUCCAUUCCACUCUGACCUGACAUAACAAUCAUCAAUCCAAUUUGUAAGCCAUAUUCUUAGAUGCAUGCAAUGCAAGGACAAUUUCACCACA